AUGUCGUUUGCAGUUUUAACGACAAUCAGUGCAGAGGAUGUCCUGAUGGCAGUUGCCAUGAACUCGACGGCCAGUACUCAUGUAUCGGCGAUUGCAAAUCGGGCUUCUUCGGUCGCUCCUGUCAACACCAUUGUCCUUUACGCUGCAGAGACGUCAAUUGCGAUAAAAUGCUUGGAGUAUGUGACGGAUGUUCGUAUGGGUUUCAUGGAUCAUACUGCUCUCUUCCUUGUUCGCCUCAUUGUAACACACGUGCCCAUCAAAAGUAUGACCGGAAGGUGUCCUGUCUGCAACUCAGGGUGGCGAGGAGUUACAUGUCAGUUACCGUGUACUCUACCAAACUGUCAAAGCUGCACCACUAACGACGAAUGUUCUUCCUGUAAAGAAGGAUGGUAUGGACUGAAAUGUGACCAGAUAUGUUCUCCAUAUUGUCAAAGCCCAACAUGUGAUCGACGAACAGGAAAUUGUGAUUGUCAAAGUGGCUGGUUCGGAGAACAGUGCAAUAAUCCGUGUAUACCCAAUUGUUCUUUUUGUAGUAGCAAUAAGACGUGUGUGUUGUGUGAUGAAGGAUUCUAUGGAUCUCAUUGUCAACAUAAUUGCAUAAAUGAAUGUAAAACAUGUCUAAGAUCAGGACUUGAAUGCAUGGAAUGCAAUGAUGAGGAUCGAUACGGUUCCGCGUGUGAAUGUAGCUUUUCAGAAUGUACAGAGCGCGAGAAGGGCAAAUUUGAUUGCAUCUUGUGUAGCAAAAAUGACUGGUUUCCUUUUGAAAAUGGUUGUUGUCCAUGUAAAAGUAGCCACUGUUUGGACAGAACUGUAUGUAAUAGUAACUCUGCAGCUUGUUCAUCCGGAUGUCAGAGCGGAUACUAUGGUAUAAUGUGCAGCAAUAAGUGUAGUCCGUUUUGCAGAGGUGGUAACAGAACAUGUCACGGAAAUUUAGGUCAUUGUGCCGACGGAUGUAAUGAUGAAUGGUUUGGCAAGAAAUGUGACGCAUCUUUCUGUAAAGAGUCUUACCCUCACUGUAUUCAGUGUGCCUAUCGGAAGAAACCGUAUUCCGCCAUCAGAAACGAUCUAGACUGUACCGAAUGUGAGCCGGGCUUCUAUAUCACUAACGGCCAUUGUGAAGAAUGUCUCCAUUGCAAAGACAACAAGUGCCGGAGCCACGACGGGAUCUGUCUAGAGGGGUGCGCACGGGGGUGGUAUUUGGACUCUGUGCGGGAAUACUGCACCAAUGAGUGUGGUCGCUGUGUUAAUCAGAUAUGUCAUGCUUUUAAUGGUACAUGUAUUAACGGAUGUCAACCAGGAUAUUAUGAUCAUACCUGCACCCUUCACUGUCCCAGGAACUGCAAGUACACUACAUGUAAUGAUUCAGGAAUCUGUGCCGAGGGUUGCAGCCCAGGAUACUACGGGAUCCAAUGCUAUAAAGAGUGUGAACGAUGUUUACAAGACGUAUGUGAUCGUGAGACAGGCGUCUGUUUAAAGUGUAAGCCGCAGUGGCAUGGACCUGACUGUAGUCAGAGUUGUGAUGGAUGUGUGGAGGGUAUAUGUACGGACGGACAGGGUUGCGCAGAUGGCUGCUGGCCAGGACUAUACGGCAUAUCCUGUAAUAUUACAUGUCCGGACAAGUCCUCCUGUUACGCAUGUGACCAAUUGUCUGGUCAGUGUAUCGUAUGUAAAGACACACUCGGCUCCCCGGCACCGCCGUCCUGCAAAGUCGUCAUGGAUGACGUCACGUGGACGGAAGCAUACAGAGAGACAUCUUGUGAAACCGGAUAUUAUGGAGAGUUUUGUAGAAUUCAGUGUCCAGAAAACUGUCUAGUGGAUUCUGAAAAGCGGCAUCGUUGUGACAGAUUUACAGGCACUUGUUUGCCUACACCUGGAUGUUACCCUGGUAAUUACGGGCUCUACUGUGAUCGGAUAUGCCUUAAUUGUUUGUAUGGUGCAUGUUCACGGGACGAUGGGCUGUGUGUGUAUGGAUGUGCUACAGGUUGGACAGGUCCAGAGUGCCUAGCGAAGUUGGAGACGGUUGAAACUGUGGAUAUUUCCCUAUUGUUUACGACUGUGGCCGUGCUCGGGGCAGCAGGGGUCGGACUGCUGAUAGUUCUUUUGUGUUAUGUAUGCUGGACAACAAGGAAAAAUUCGAAAGCUGAAGUUUACAUCCCAACAGAUCCACCGGGCCAGACAACUCUAUAG